UCCGGGUCGCAUGAGAAACGAGGAAGGUGUUUAGCUUUAGCGUUUUAGCCCGUUUGUUUCCGUUCUUUAUGCAAGCCUUGAGCUUAGCAUUAGAUUGAAACCAAUGGCUUGGUCUUGGAUGAGUUCUGAUCUAGCUAUGUGAUCGGUUCGAGUUGACUAUUCGGAUUAGAAAAUGGCAUAUGUGGUUACACCAUUUGAGCCGAAGGCAGCUCUGUUGUAAGCCCAGCUAUGGGUCAACAGCAAGUUAAAGCUCUUGCGAAGUCUGGAAAAGGGAUUAAGUCAUCUCUAAGGAAUAAAGACGCUGAAAAACCUGAAUUUCAUACUGCACCAGAUCUUUCAAGGCGGCCUUUGCCAGAAACGCCAUUAGACCAGCUUCCUGGGGAAUGGAACUCCAAAGAUGAUCUUCUAAAUGAUGCAGACAACCAAGAUAAAUCAAUUUUUGUGGCAAUUCAUGACUUUCAAGCUGCUGGCAAUAAUCAGUUGAGCAUUCGAACCGGGGAAGAGGUAGCUAUUUUGCGCUACAAUGACACUGAAGAGUGGUGUGAGGGUCAGGCAAGAAAUGGAAACAUUGGGUGGUUGCCAAGUAGCUAUGUCAAACCAGUCAACAGCCUGGAAAAACAUUCUUGGUAUCAUGGAACUAUAGCACGUAAUGUUGCAGAAUACCUGCUAAGCAGUGGAAUUAAUGGUAGUUUUCUUGUUCGUGAAAGCGAAAGUAGUCCAGGACAGUUAUCCAUCUCACUACGGUUUGAUUCACGGGUGUAUCAUUACAGAGUUAGCAAUGCGCCUGAUGGCAAAAUGUAUGUCUCCAAUGAAAACAGAUUUAGCACAAUUGCUGAACUUAUUCACCAUCAUUCCGUGCACGCGGAUGGACUCGUAACAACUCUUCAUUAUCCAGCAGCAAAGACUGACAAACCAGCAGUGUACAGCUUUUCUCCUGAGCCAGAUGAAUGGGAGAUACCAAGAACAGAAAUUGCUAUGAAGCAUCGGCUGGGUGGGGGUCAGUAUGGGGAAGUUUAUGAGGGAGUGUGGAAGAAGUAUGAUAGGCAAGUGGCUGUGAAGACUUUAAGGGAAGAAACAAUGGAGGUAGAUGAAUUCUUAAAAGAAGCUUCAGUCAUGAAGGAAAUCAAGCAUCCACGACUGGUGCAGCUCUUAGGUGUCUGCACAAGGGAGCCGCCAUUCUACAUCAUCACAGAAUUCAUGCCUCAUGGUAACCUGUUGGACUAUUUACGGAGUUCUGCCAGCAAGGGUUUGAAUGCGAUCACCUUGAUGUACAUGGCAACACAAGUGGCAGAAGCCAUGUCUUAUUUAGAAUCAAUGAACUUUAUUCACAGGGAUCUUGCUGCCAGGAACUGUCUUGUAGGGGAGAACAACCUUGUAAAGGUUGCAGACUUUGGUUUGUCAAGACUUGUGACAUAUGACAUCUACACUGCCCAUGAAGGUGCAAAGUUUCCAAUCAAGUGGACUGCACCUGAAGCCCUGGCCUACAACACAUUUUCAAUCAAGUCUGAUGUGUGGGGUAUGUUAUACCCAUACAAAUAAUUUUUAAGAUAAAACUUUCAUUUUUGAGAACUU